AUGGAUGUGCUUCGACUGCGCCUAACUCCUGAGCAGUUUGAAAAGUGCGUCAAGUUUUAUGAAGCUGACAAUCAAUUAACCACGGAGGACCGAUUGAAGAUGAGGGAUGAACUUCAACUGAUUAUUGUUGGUCAUAGACUUGUUUCGUAUGGAGCAGGAAUGGUGGGAUUCUUAGCACCCACGAUUUACUACCGAUUCAUAUUAAAAAAAAUACCCAACAAGAUUUCCUUUGUUCAAAAGCCAUUCUUAUCGUUUAUCCUGGGAUUAACCAAUAUGUUAAUAUAUAGCUCGAUUUCAAGAAAAAAGGGCUUGGAAAAUAAACUCCAGAGUGGGGCUCUUAAUGAGCGACAGGCAAAUGCAUGGAGGAAUAUGGAUUGGUUCAAUGCUCCUACCUUUUACGCAUAUUAUUCCAAAACAGCUAUUGAUCCCAAAUUCAAGUUGAAAGACCCAAGAUUAUCAGGUAGUGAAACAGAUGUUGGUUCUCGUCUUGGGGCCGUCAAUAAUUUACCACAGCAGCUGCAGCUGCAGCUGCAGUCACAAUUACAAUUACAACAUGGACAGAAUGGAACCAAAGCAGAAACUAAUCAGCCAACAUAUGUGUCAUCCUCAAGUAAUAAUGACCCUUUUGCCACUAAUUGGGGUCUCAAUGAUAACCAAAAUUUGUCCCUGUGGGAUAGAAUUCGAUUGGAGCAUGGUUUCGAUAUUACACGGGACUCUCUGGCACUACCUUUGAAAAGUGAGGGAAACAAUAAUGCAUAUAAUACUACUGAUAGUACUCGUAUUAAUAGUGUAAAUGGUGCCAUUAAUAGUCUGGCUUACGAUAGAGUACAGAGUUCAAAUGUCGAACAGGAUUACGAUAACAGUUCAAAGAGUCUGACACAAUCAGCUUGGGAUAAGCUAAGAAACCAAAAGUAG